AUGAGCUUUGGCAAGACGAAUUACCGCGUGGGCGGCACACGUGGCGGCGCAAAUGAAUUCAACUGGGAAGACGUCAAGAACGACAAGUACCGGGAGAACUACUUGGGACACUCGGUACAGGCGCCUGUGGGUCGCUGGCAGAGAGGAAAGGACUUGGCAUGGUACGCUAAGGCCAAUAAGGCACAGCGAGCUGAAGCGCUGCAGACAGAGUUGAUGCUGGCCAAGCAGAGAGACGAAGAUCUCAUGAACGAAGCUCUAGGUAUUGCACCCAAGAGACGUCACGUAGCUGCUGAAGGGCUAAGUACGUCGGAAGUAAAGGAGCUGCUGAAACGAGGGGAAUCCAAGCGCGAUGGUAUGGACGUCGAACGGAUUGAAGGAUUGGGUGCAGCACCAGUAGAAGCUGCGGGGUUUACGACAGGACCAAAACGCACGUUGGCUGAGAGGUACAAGGAUCAACUCGCGAGUGGGAAAGCAGAAAUGACUUACGCGCUGCCUGGUACUGUCGGUGGGCCGCUGACAGAGAAGGAGGAAAAGGCUGAGAAGAAAAAAGCGCGCAAGGCGGAGAAAGACGCACACAAGAGACGGAAAGCCAAGAAGAAAGAGCGCAAGAACGAGGAGAAAUUACAGCGCAAUAGCGCUCGUGGCUCCAAUGAUGACGGCGGCACAAACUCAAGUCAUUCGCGGCAUGACAGGAAGGACAAAGCUACAGACGUCCGCCCGCGGUCUCGUUCUCGGUCACCGCCGAGUUCUUCCGGCAACAGCCGAGACGCGGACGGACGAUCACGCACUCGAAAGCGACACCGCAGCGACCGUUCUCGUUCGCGGUCUUCAACCGAUCGGCGCAAGUGUACGAGUUCGUCCAAAAGGUCAGAGCCGUUGGAUUCUCGUGGCCACGCGCGGUACCCAGACGAUCUCCGCCGCCGCCACUAUCGAUCGUCGUCUCGAUCUCCUGCUCACAAAAGACGUUCACGAUCUGUUUCGCGAUCGCGUCACCGCUACUAG